ACGGUAUCCUUGCGCAGACCCAGCUUUAUUUACAGGGUGCUUAACAAGACAUGCAAAGAGAAGGUAAGCAGAAAAACACAAGGCUCUCUGCUUUGCUGUAGAAUUGGAGACAUUUAUUCUGAGGCCUUUGCAGAUACAGCGCUUUGAAGUUGACAAGAAACACAGAUACUGAAGUCCACACAAAGGCAUCUGCUAGGAGUGCAGGGUAGCCAGAUUCCUUAACCAACAGGCCCAAUCAGAAUUGCUAAAACAGCCUCGUAACUGUUACAACCUUGGAGGUUUUCAAAUUGUCCUGUGAUCUUAAACCAUAAAAGACUCCAGCAAAGAAUGACAAAGCUGGGCGGUAUUCGAUGAAACCUCUCAGCGAUUCGUACACUGUCGAGAUCGACACAGUAAAUUGGGCUCAUUUUUGCCUCUAAGGGACCAUAAAGCACGUUCUGAAAUUGACUGCUGGAAACAGCCAUCUCCCCCAACUCUGCCACUAUCAUGAUGUAUUGUUAUGAUUGUAACUUUUCGUUUUCCACUCAACACUUAGGUAGGUUGUGGUUAGUGCUAUUACUGAGUGGCUGGCCUGAUGAAUUGAAUACCUGCUGUGUAAGGCCCUGUGGUAUCUACAAUGGAGACAGGAAUUUGCCAUCAAGGGGCUUUGUUAAGCUGUGCGAUUGUCAGUCUUUGGUAAAAAGGAUCGCUAGAUAUGGCAGAAUAUAGUUGUUUUGAGGAUUAGAAUCUGUACUAACUAUGGUCCAUUACAGACUGAUAUGCCACGUAGCAUAAAACACUUCAGGUGUUCACUUAAUGUAAAAAAAAAAAAAUCUACAGAAUGGGGAACUGUGCCAUCAUAGUGUUUGCUAAGACUGAAACCAAAGGAAUUCCAGGUUUCAAAGUUAUUUUUUCCUCUCUAGGACAAACGAAAUCUGAUGCAGAAUUGAAAACACAAGCUAUACAGUGAUAUUUAAUUGCCUCAGCAGCUACUACAGCAAUUUUGUGUUUAAUGAUUUCAUUUCCGGCCAGCUUCUGCACGUAUUGCACUAACAUUUGCCAGCUGGCUUCAGAAUGUGGACCAGAAGUUUAAGAAAAAAGAAACACUACCAGUAAUUUUUAUAUUAGCAAAAGACUCUCUUUCUUCUUCUAGUGUUUCUGUCUCAGGGAUACAGUACUAUUUGUCAUUUUUUUGAUCCAGGAAAGACCUGUGAGUCCUCAAGAGUCAUUCAUACCAGGUUAAUGGCAGGAUCGCCUGACUCGGGAAAUGAUGCAUCACCGAGAGCAAAGGAGAGACGAGAAACAGGUUCCGUUUCACUGUGAGGCGGGGUACCACUGCCGACCUGCGCUUCAGGCCGCUGACUCGUGCUUCCUGUGUUUAAAGUGAAUGAUCCUGGGAGAGGUGAGUUAUUCACACGGGAGCACUCCUUCCGAGGUAAAGGGGAGAAAAACAAAGUCACGCCAAGUCCCACAACUAAGAGCGUUUGUCCAAAAUAUGACCUUCUUUUUCUCAGGAUGUAUUUCUCUAAUAUCGGUGUGCAAUUCAACACGUAAAGGUAUUCAAAUUGUAAUAAGAAUGGGCUGCUUAUUUUUCUGUGAUAAUGCCUGUCUUGGCUGGACUCCCCCGGAAGCUGACCCUCCGAUACGGUUUCCAGGCUCGAAUUUAACUUGGGAGGUGAUACCAGGAAACACCAGGAGGGGAUGGGGAAGCCAGGUGGUUAAAGGGGAGGAAGCAAGAAGAGGUGUGGGUGAAGGUGGUCCUGAGGGCACUGGGGCCCAGCCUCGAGGGCAGCUCUGGACACGCUGGAUACCACGCCUCCCAGCCGCCCCGGGAGCCAGGCAACCAGAGGUCCACACCAACUCCUUGCCUGUCUUUGGCUGAAGCCUGCUUCUGGGCCAGGAAACUCUCCAGUGCUUCCAGCCUACCACGUGUCCAGGAAGAAAGCCCCAAGGCACGGCGGCAGGCGUCAGAGAGCAGAGGGGCAGCAGAGGAGGUGUGGGUGGGCUCCGGUGGGCACUGCUACACCCUGCUGUGUUCACUUGGUCCUGUCACUGGUGCCUCACGCUGAGUUACACCCACACCAGGCGUGCUGACAGGCUGAGAUGUGGGCUCCUGCUGCACUCAGUCCUGGGGCCAUAGAGGUUCUCAGUAUCUUCCUCCUUUAUCACUCGUUCUGCAUGUCCCUCUCUCUCCACCAGCACGUCUGCUGGCCUAGGUUGCUUGCUUGAUGAUGUUGCUUGCUUCGUCCCUGUGGGGUCUGAGCCCCUGGUUGCCAUGCCCCUGUCAGGCCAGGGGUGCUGCGUUAUCCAUUUGCUGCUAUCACCAGGCACGGAAAAGAUGCCCAGUGAGGGCCCUGAGUCCAGAAGUAAUCCUCCCUGCCCCUAUUUCCUACUGAUCAUAAGGGUCAUUUUUCCUUUGUCGCCUGUAUGAGGAGCCCAGGGGAGGAGAGGUCUUUAGAUUGAGUGGAACCUUGUGUCCCCUGGUAGAGCAUCCUCCCCUGCCGCAGGAGCCAGGGCUCUACUGGGGACGCAGCACCGUACGCUGGUAUGAGGUUCACAAUACGCCUUGCAUCCCAUAGCACAGCAUCUCACCCCCGCAAAACGUUAUCCCCGGCCAGAGCCACAGUUGUGCCCUUGAGACCGUUCUAAUGUUCUACCAGGGUGGCACCUUCUGGGUGUGUGAAGUAGGGCAGACCCAGUGCAUCUUGCGGUACUGGCCCCUCUGUCAUACCUCUUUCACUCUCAAACGGGUCCCUGUCCCAGGUGAUAUCACGGGAAGCCCCCUAAUGAUAAAUCAGACACAGUGAGCAACUAACUGCACAGUGAUGACUGCCAGAGCCCUGCAGGCAGGGAAGACGAACCCGAACCCGGAUCUGCAUCUGGGUCUGAGGAAAUCCGCUUGCCACCCAGCGGCUGCCUGGCCUCCGGGAGGGAAGGCCCUGUCCCCCGGCUGCACCUCGGCCUCCGCGUCCGGAGGGGCGGACGCAGCGCGCAGCUCCGUCGCCGCCGCCACGGCUACACACUCCCAGGCCCCGGAGCAAACAGGCCGGCCCGUCGGCUGGAGUAACCCGCACAGGCGAGCGGAGAGGAGGGCCGGGGAGGAAGAGGCGCAGACAGCCCUCAGCCCUAGAACACACAACGCGCGGCUCCUUCCGCACUAAGCCAAAUGGCCGGAAGAGCGCGUUCCCUUCCGGUCCCGCCGCGCUCGGGGCGGCGCGUCACUUCCGGCCGGCCCGCGGCGGCCGCUCCCUGUCAGGCAGCCGGUUCCCCCCUGGCCGAGCCCGGACGGUCCGCCUUUCGAUGUCGGAGGCCGGCGCCCGGCAGCGCCCGCCCGCCGAACCCGAGCACUGUCCACGCUCAGGGCUCCCGGCCGCGAGCACCAUGGCGUCCUGGCCUGCGUGUCGCCUGCCGCCCAGACGCGGAGGCUCAGCCUGAGGCUCCUGAGGAACCGGGGUCGCGGCCGGGUCCUCCGCUCCCAUCCGUCUCCCAACUCCCGCCCCCACCCCGCCCCUGGGGCUCGGCCGUCGGGCGCUCGACGCUCGACUGCGCGGCGGAUCGACGCUCUCGGCGCUCCGGCGGCGGAAGUGAGGGCGUUGGCGGCGGAGCGGCUGCGGCCAGGGAGCCUUUGGUCGAGCGCGGGGCCCUGUCCGUGCGGGCCAGCAGAUUACUUCUGUAGCUUGACCUCUACUUUCCUCAACAAGCAGAAUGUCUCGAUCACGACAACCCCCCCUUGUGACAGGCAUCUCUCCAAAUGAAGGAAUCCCGUGGACGAAGGUCACGAUUAGGGGAGAAAACCUGGGGACUGGCUCAGCUGACCUCAUAGGUCUGACAAUUUGUGGGCAUAAUUGCCUUCUGACAGCAGAGUGGAUGUCUGCGAGUAAAAUUGUAUGUCGCGUGGGACAGGCCAAGAACGACAAAGGAGACAUUAUUGUCACAACCAAGUCAGGUGGCAAAGGAACCUCCACAGUCUCCUUCAAGCUGCUCAGACCUGAGAAAAUAGGUAUUUUGGAUCAGUCUGCUGUGUGGGUUGAUGAGAUGAAUUACUAUGACAUGCGCACCGACAGGAAUAAAGGGAUUCCUCCCUUGUCCCUGCGUCCUGCUAAUCCACUCGGCAUCGAGAUUGAAAAAGGUAAAUUUCCCCAGAAGGACUUAGAAAUGCUGUUCCCUGGAAUGAGUGCUGAUUUUACAAGUGAGAACUUUUCAGCUGCCUGGUACCUCAUAGAGAACCACUCCAACACCAGUUUUGAACAGCUCAAAAUGGCAGUCACCCACCUGAAGAGACAGGCUAACAAGAAGAGCGAGGGCAGCCUGGCGUGCGUGAAAGGGGGACUCAGUACUUUCUUUGAGGCACAGGACGCCCUCUCAGCCAUCCAUCAAAAACUAGAAGCGGAUGGAACGGAAAAAGUAGAAGGAUCCAUGACGCAGAAACUGGAGAAUGUUCUGAACAGAGCAAGUAACACUGCGGACACAUUAUUUCAAGAAGUCUUAGGUCGUAAGGACAAGGCAGAUUCCACUAGAAACGCACUCAAUGUGCUCCAGCGAUUUAAGUUUCUUUUCAACCUUCCUCUAAAUAUUGAAAGGAAUAUCCAAAAGGGUGAUUAUGAUGUGGUUAUUAAUGAUUAUGAAAAGGCCAAGUCACUUUUUGGGAAAACGGAGGUGCAAGUUUUCAAGAAAUAUUAUGCUGAAGUAGAAACACGGAUUGAAGCUUUAAGAGAAUUACUUCUGGAUAAGUUGCUUGAGACACCGUCGACCUUACAUGACCAAAAACGUUAUAUAAGGUACCUGUCUGACCUCCACGCGCCGGGCGACCCUGCGUGGCAGUGCAUCGGAGCCCAGCACCGAUGGAUCCUCCAGCUCAUGUACAGCUGCCGGGAGGGCUGCGCGCGGGACCUCCAAGGGCCACCGGGCCUUCACAGCGCCACUCUGGACCUGGACGGCGACCUGCGUGCCUCCGUGCCCGGUCAUGUAGGCCAGACGGCGUCUCUGAAGAGGGGUAGCAGCUUUCAGCCUGGUCGAGAUGACGCAUGGAGACACCAAACUCCCCACCGGGUGGCCUUUGUUGAAAAAUUGACCAAGCUUGUUUUAAGUCAGCUGCCCAACUUCUGGAAACUCUGGAUUUCAUAUGUUAACGGAAGCCUUUUCAGUGAGACUGCUGAGAAGUCAGGCCACAUUGAAAGAUCAAAGAAUGUAAGGCAAAGACAAAAUGAUUUUAAGAAAAUGAUCCAGGAAGUAAUGCACUGUCUGGUGAAGCUGCUCCGCGGGGCCCUGCUCCCGCUCGGCGUCGCGGAGGGCGGAGGGCGGCAGUGCAGAGUCUGGGAAGUGAAGGCCGAGCUCUCUGGGCAGGGGCUCGCUCAUACCAUCCAGACUCUGAGGCUUACUUAUGAAUCCUUGACUGCCCUUGAGAUUCCUAACGACCUGUUACAGACGAUCCAGGACCUCGUCUUGGAUCUUCGAGUGCGUUGUGUGGUGGUCACACUGCAGCACACAGCGGAAGAAGUAAAGAGAUUGGCUGAAAAGGAAGACUGGGUUGUCGACAGUGAAGGCCUGACGUCCCUACCGUGCCACUUUGAGCGCUGCGUGGUGCACUCCCUGCAGUCGCUGCGAGAAGUCCUGGAGUGCAAGCCCGGAGAAGCCAGCGUCUUUCAACAACCAAAAACCCAAGAAGAGGUUUGCCAGCUAAGCAUCAAUAUCAUGCAGGUUUUUAUAUACUGUCUGGAACAGUUGAGCACCAAGCCUGAUGCCGAUGUAGAUACUGCACAUCUCUCCGUUGACGUUUCUUCUCCUGAUUUGUUUGGAAGUAUCCAUGAAGACUUUAGUUUGACUUCUGAACAGAGGCUUUUGAUAGUCCUGAGUAAUUGUUGCUACCUAGAACGUCACACCUUCCGAAAUAUCGCAGAACAUUUUGAAAAGCACAACUUCCAGGGAAUAGAAAAAAUAACACAGGUUAGCAUGGCCUCACUGAAAGAGUUGGACCAAAGACUCUUUGAAAACUACAUUGAAUUGAAGGCAGACCCCAUCGUUGGCUCCUUAGAACCUGGAAUUUACGCAGGCUACUUCGACUGGAAGGACUGCCUGCCCCCGACAGGUGUCAGAAACUACUUAAAAGAAGCAUUGGUGAAUAUAAUUGCUGUGCAUGCAGAGGUGUUCACUAUUUCCAAAGACCUGGUGCCUCGGGUGCUGUCCAGGGUGGUGGAAGCAGUUUCUGAAGAGCUGAGUAGGCUGAUGCAGUGCGUCUCAUCUUUCAGCAAAAACGGAGCAUUGCAGGCAAGGCUUGAAAUCUGCACCCUGAGGGACACCGUGGCUGCUCACCUGACGCCAGAGAGCAGAUCCAGUUUCAAGCAGGCCCUGGAAGCCCUGCCGCAGCUCUCGAGCGGAGCGGACAGAAAGCUGCUGGAGUUGCUGCUGAGCCGGGUCAGGAGCGGCGUGCACCUGCAGCUGGCCUGCUUCCAGGCACCCCCUCCGCCUGGCGUGAAGACGCAGGUGCCUUCCAGAUGACGCGCUCCCCCAAGCGCCCACAGCGCUCGUGACAUCGGGCCUCUUUUGUGUGACUCGCCCUGAACCUGACGUGGGCCUCGCGGCAUCGUGCCUCCUGCCCCAGGACCCCCUUGCAUGCGUGGGGAACGGCGGGCCCAGGCGCCUCGCCCAUGCCAUCCCUCUGGCACCUUCCACGCCUCUUCGAGCCCCUCGAGUGGCCUGCUCGGUGGCCGCGGGGGCUCUGCUCUGGUGGCAUCUGUGUCACCAGGCGUGGGAGCUGCCGCUGACACCGUUACCAGAGCAGGUCAGGCUGCCGCGACCUCCUUCAGAGUCAGCUUCCCCGACCUGAUUUUGUCACACCGUUUGCUUCAGAAAACUGAGUCAGGGUUUUAGGUUUUUCCAGGGCUGUCACAGAAUCUCCUUUUCAACACUGGCAUUAAGGUCUGUAUUAAUAUUGGGAACUCUGCGGUCCGGCAUGGCCUGUGCAGUGUCCAUCCUUUGAAGUAAGCCCCUGUUGUGUUUGUGCAUUUGGUGUUGGGGGAUGGGGCGUGGCAACUAGAAGGGAAAGUUUCACCUUGUACAGAUGUGCUGGAUGAAGCUUAUUAAGAAAUAUACGGACUGUCGUCUGUCCUAAGCAUGUUAACCAUUGUAUCUACCACGGCUGAGAACCAAAUUACAAAACUACAAUCCUGAGUGUUUGUGUUAUUUUAAAUAUCUGAUGCAGAGCCUUCAGCCAAUAAAGAGUGUGUCUUUAAUACAAGAUGUAAGUUAGUUGACGUUUUUUCCCUAAGUAUCUUUACGUCAGCAUUUUCAUUAGCUAUGCAACUUUUUAUGUGUCUAGUUAUAACCCUCACAGUAAA